CGAGAAAAUCUGUUUAAUAAAGUUGACCUUGUUAAAGGAAACCAUGAACGUUGGAAAAAAGUUGUCAUAAAAAGUUAAUUAGUGAAAACUUGCGCGUUGAACUAAAAGUUCAAAAGUACAAUUAACGAUUAGAAAACGAACGAAAUGGCACAGAAUAAUAAUAAAGAUGUCGAAGAUAAUUUAGACAUGAAACUGGACAUGAGUGAUUUUGAUUCUGUCCAUUUAUUUUCACCUCUUCAAACGAUAGCUUCUCCAAUGGCAGUUCUUCCGCCCGCCACCGUCGCUACUCUUCCGCCCGCCACCGUCGCUACUCUUCCGCCCGCCACCGUCGCUACUCUUCCGCCCACCACCGUCGCUACUCUUCCGCCCGCCACCGUCGCUACUCUUCCGCCUGCCAGCGCAACCGCUCCUUCUCAGCCUGCCAAAACUAUCGCUUCUCCAUCCGCCAGCACAACCGGUCCUCCUCCGCCUACCGAAACUAUCGUUCCUCCAUCCGCCAGCACCACCGCUCCUCCUCUGCCAUCUGCUAAUACCGCAGCUCCUCGAAUAGACACCUCAGCUUCAUCACAAAUGAGAUUUUUACGUCCCGGCACUACGACUGCUCCACGUGCAUCUUCUCAUACAAAUCAAUCAUGGAGACCGAGAGGAACUAGAGCGGGAAUGCGACGGAAGGCACAAAAAUUUUUUAAUUUCUUGUUUAAUAUGAGUGAUUUAUACGGUCGUUACUAUUACCAAAGAAGAGGAGGAAGAAAUUAAGAAAUAUGUUUAAAUUGCAUUGUUUAUGUUGAUU